AUGUACACUUCGACUAACGCAAGCGAUCGUCACGCCGGUGCCCGCUCAUCCAUCAUACCUUCAUCCGAUUCGUCAAAAAUCGCCGCGCGCCAGCUACCAUCAUUCCUCUCGCAAAGCUCAAUCAGCCAUGCCGGUGAUGGCGACGUCCUCGUCGGGCAGCGCGGACGCGUCUCUGCGGCGCCACACAGGCCUCCUGCGCGUCUUACCGCACCAUCUACACGACGAGCCCCAUCAUGCCACUCUGAACGCAGCAAUCGCGCCUCGCUCUGGGACGCAAUUCCGCCGUUCACAGCCCCCUUCCAGCGCUUCCCAGCCUCCAGAUAUGCGUGCAUACGUGCCUAUGAGUCUCCUAUGCGCUCAAGGGCGCUGCAGCGGCAACAUUCAGUGGUUGCACUCGACCUGGCAGCCUCGAGACACAAGCAGCAGGUUCUACUCACAAAUUUGUCCAAAGCGGCGGUGACGGAGUGGUGGGGAUGUCUAUUUGCAAUGCAAUUGGAGCAUUUGGGGCGUGUAGUGGGCAUUCUGGAGAGACAACCGGGGGUGUUCCAGAGACUGCUGCAGAUCUACGAUGCCGGCAACAGUUGGGUGUUGGUGCAGGAGCUCCGGCCCGAGUGGACAGGGUUGAGAGAGAGCUUCGCUGACCCGGCAGAGUUUUCGGAGGAGAGGCUGCGUCGAGUGGUGUUCCAGGUCGCGGCGAUGGUGUACUUCUUGCACAGACACGGGCUGAGCUUGGCGGGCGAGUUGGUGCACUACGACUUGGUGUGUUUCGCUUUGGGUUCGGGCGGAAUUGACGAUGUUUGUUGCUUGGUGGAGCUUAGUGCGGCGAUCGGCAUGCUUAUAUUUCAGAUUGCGAUGAUGCCUCUCUCCGCAAAGAGCGAGGUUGACGUCCGCUAUGUGGAAGGAACGAUCGAAGAGCAGUUGAGCCACCUGUCGUCUGCGUGCCGCGACUUGCUGCUUGGCUGCCUGACUAUGAAACUCAGUGUGCAAGAUCUUCUGGGUCGCAGAUGGCUACGCCAAGUUGACUUCCUCCACACCACUAACAAGCUGGACGGCGCAUUGAUCUCCCCAGAAGCGCGUCACGCGCUGUUCAAUUCAUUGCUGUGGAAGUUAGCCCCGCUUUGUAUGAUGGAUUGGCUACGGCGUGCACACGAAGCUCCUAAGGUGAAGCACACAGAGGAGGAGGAAGAGACAGAGAGUUGUCGUCAACGCAGUCGGGUACGAACCAUUAGCUAUGUUUUUUACUUUAUGGGGUCCCCAGUUUCUAACGUCUGUUUGGGCCAUACUAGCAGAGACCAACGCGCCGUAUUUACUCAAGAUCACGGCUGGGGCCAUUCACUUCUUCCUCAAGACGGAAUGGACAACAACCAAGAGCAGCGACGACAUGUGUACACUUUCUCACCAGAGCACAGCAUGCAAGAGGGUAUCGACUCGAAGAGUUGGAGAACUUACGAUGACUUCGACUACGACUUCCCUAAGUUUUAUCCCAGCCCCAAGUCAGUACUGUACGACAACUUCGAAGCUGACGACGAUGCUGAAUCGGUACGCGAAGAAGACAGUGAAGGAGAAUUCAUGGCACUCCCAGCGGAUGGAAGACGGUCGUCAGUGUCGAGCUUUCAUGACAUCGAUGAUGUCCGAACUCUCCAAAGAGACGUCGUGCGCUCGCUUCAACAUGGACCUCCACACAUACACGACGAAAGCACAAGUGGAACACGCGCUACGGUUGAUGAUUUAUUCAACCUCCGAGAAAGCUCAGCAGCAGCUAGCACGGAAAACGAGCAGGGGCCGGUUGGAUAUGACAGAAAUGCGUCGCACGACGCGGUGCACUUCAGCGCGUUCGGUCCAGCACAAGUGGCGCUGCGUGAAUUCUUCCGCAUCGACAUUUGGGCUUACUUGAAGCAGCAGCGCGAGACCAUGCUGGAGGUAGCGCUUGAACGCAACGAUUUAGAGAGUGGACACCGCGUUCAACCGCUUCAUAUCCAAAGAGGUACGCUGGUUACAGUCUCAAUUGAACCCAGCGCACGAUUUGGCGUCAAGGGCGAGGACUGCAAGUCGUUUCGGUGGCACGGAGGCAUCACAAGUGUCUCUUUUGACUUGUUCCGCGUAGCUACACGAACCGGGUAUGAAGACGACGAAGAAGUAGACGAGCUCUGUAUUGCCAAAAUCGUCGCAGGGACCAAGGUUUCAUUGCUAUACAUUCGGCUUCAAGCAAUGGCUACUCAGACUUACAGUACUGCUGCGGCAGGAACGACAAGUUCGUCCGACCUGACCCUCUUGGACGCACACAUGGAGCAUGUCGCCCCAAACGUCCUUGACAUUCCAGGGGAUGAUCUGGAACUCAUCCGCCCAAUUGGCCACGGCGCGUUCGGCGACGCUGUGCUGGCACGAUGGAAGAGCACCUCGCAAGACGUCGUUGUCAAGAUGAAGAACCAAGACGUGUACCGCAGCUCGGACGCCUUAGCUGAAUUCCGACACGAAGCGGCAGUGAUGAAUCUGCUGGGUAAGCACCCCCACGUGGUCGAACUGCUAGGCGUAAGCAGCUCCGGAUCCAGCGUUGACGAGACUGAGUCUCAAGGUAUCUCUCUGGUGACGGAGUAUCUCCCCAAUGGCAGCGUGGAGGACGUUCUGGGCAUCAACGCCAAGGGCGAUUCCAGCUCUAUAAGCUUGUUUUCUCGAACUGUCAUGGCUCGAGACGCCGCCCAUGGAUUGACCAACAUCCACCAGGGGAACUUCUUGCACCGCGACAUCGCAGCUCGGAACUGUUUGGUGGACGCCGAGUUCCGCGUGAAAGUGUGCGAUUUCGGGCUCUCUCGUCGACUGCGCGGAACUUCUCAAGGACCAUUGGAUGGCUUCCUGUUCGACGACGAUCGCCAUGGUUUCGGCCCGCUCAAGUGGAUGGCGCCCGAGUCCAUUACGCCGCCGCACCUGUUCUCGACGUACUCGGACUCGUACAUGUUCGGUGUGCUGCUCUACGAAAUCUUCAGCGGCCAGCCUCCGUUCCCGAACUUGUCGUCUCGAGACGCAGCGGCGCUGAUCCUGGAAGGCCACCACGUGCCCAUCCCGUCGUCAAUGCCCAGCGCGCACCAGCAAUUGAUGGAGAAGUGCUUCGAAGUGCAUCCGCUGCGUCGCCCCUCAAUGGACCAGAUCUACACCACGCUGGAUCAGUGGGUAGUGCACGACACCAAGUCGCACGUUGCUAAUCAGCUAUUCUACCAUGUUGGCGCACUCUACCAUGUUGCACCAGCGCGGCUUGCGCCAUGA